AUGACCGAAUCGUUCCCGUCCGCGAUUGGCGGAAUCGGUAUGGCGGCCAUUAAGCAACAUCAGCAACAGCAACAACAGCAGCAUCAUCAUCACCAUCCCCAUCAGGCCGCGAUGUCGAUCGAGAAGCUGGUGCGCGUGGGUUACUACGAGCUGGAGAAAACGAUCGGCAAAGGUAACUUUGCCGUGGUAAAGCUGGCCUCCAAUGUCAUCACAAACUCGAAGGUUGCAAUUAAAAUAAUCGAUAAAACAUGUCUGGACGAGGAGAACCUGGCGAAGACGUUCCGCGAAAUAUCGAUACUGAAGGUGUUACAUCAUCCGCACAUUACGCGCCUGUACGAGGUCAUGGAGUCACGCAACAAGAUCUACCUGGUGACGGAACAUGCGGCCCAGGGCGAGAUAUUCGAUCAUCUGGUCGCGAACGGGCGCAUGAAGGAGGAGGAAGCGGCCCGCAUCUUUUCGCAGAUAGUGGCAGCGGUCGAUUAUUGUCACCGGAAGGGUAUCGUGCACCGGGACCUGAAGGCCGAAAACGUGCUGCUCGACACGGAGAUGAACGUAAAGUUGGCCGACUUUGGGUUUAGCAACACCUUCAUCGAGGGACAACCAUUGCGGACGUGGUGUGGGUCGCCACCGUAUGCCGCGCCGGAAGUGUUUCAGGGCGUUGAGUACGAUGGACCCAAGUCGGACAUUUGGAGUUUGGGUGUGGUGCUGUAUGUGCUCGUGUGCGGUGCACUCCCGUUCGAUGGGUCGACACUGCACGAUCUGCGCAGUGUGGUAGUGGCGGGAAAGUUUCGAAUACCGUUCUUCAUGUCCCAGGAGUGUGAGCAACUGAUACGCCAUAUGUUGGUGGUGGAACCGGAACGUCGGUACACGCUGAAACAGAUCGCUCACCACCGUUGGCUCGAGCAGUACAAUUCCAUUCCGAUGCUGGAAGCGGGUGAUUAUGGCUUGAGCGUUGGUGGAGGAACGGUCCUAGGGCAACCGACGCGCGAGACGGAAAAUCUGGACACGGUCGUAAUGACGCACAUGCUUCAGCUGCCCGGACUAACCGCGGACAUGAUUGCACAGUCCGUGCACGAAAGCCGGUUCGAUCAUAUCUACGCCAUCUACAAUCUGUUGGUGGACAAGCUGCGGCAGAAGCGGAAGGAGAAGGGCCGGCUACAGCAUCACGCCAGUCUUGCGUAUUCGCGAUCCCGUAAGACCAGUAUUACGACCGGUGUGGUCGAUCGGACCGAGGUCAUCAAGAACGAUUCGCUCGAACGGUUAAGCCCGCUCACGAGCGUCGGUUCAACCAUACUGAACAUAUCAUCCGGUUUGGCCGGAACGGAGGAUCUAGAGAAGUACGAUCUGGAGACGGGCGCAUCAACGGUCACCACGCCAACCGCAUCGCCUGGAACGGUCAAAUCGUCCGAAUCGACAGGAACCGGCGAUCACUAUCUGUUCCCGCCGAGCUGUACGAAUGGUACUGGUGCGGGUGGUAACACCCGGCGGCAUACGGUGGGACCGGGUGAUGUAGCACACGAACAGGUACUGGUGAACCCGAAUGUCGUACCGAUCAGCUUCAAGAUGCAUGAACCAUCGAUUCCGCCGACACCGAACGUACCGAUCAACAUUCCGUCGCUGCAGAAUCAACCGAUACACAAUCUGACCAUUAAGGAUCAGCAUCUGCUGAAGCCGCCGACUGUGAUGGGUGCAACAAGCUCCUUUGGACGCCGAGCAUCGGAUGGUGGAGCAAAUUUGCAAAUCUACUACCCCUCAUCGUCUACUAACUUUCACGAUCAACACCAUUCACACCAGCAGCAGCAACCGCAGUCCCAGCCACAGUCACAGCAACAAUCGCAACCACAGCAAGGUGUGGAUGGUUCGGUGUUGGUGCCCGGGUCGGUUCCUUCCACCAUUGGACCGAUCGGUGGUGGUGUAAACAGUUCCGCGAUGAUCAUGGACCACGUGAUGCUUCAGACGCCCAACAGUGAAGGAACUGAUGAUUCAAACGAUGAAAUACAGAGAUACAUGCAUGGUCGCGGUUGCACCAAACGACAUACCGUCGGCUGCACCGAUGAUCUAUCGGCCGGGAAUGCGUCACCGAUGGAACCACCGCAGGCCCACUCUCCAGCUCCCUCCACCGGUGGUGGAGUCAGCGGAACGGCAGGUGGGGGUGGUGGCGGCGGAGGAGGAGGUGGUGGUGGAGGAGGCAGAACUCGACGUACCGGUCUCCUGACCGUCAUGGAACGUCCGCCCGUGAUAAGCCCGGACCUGAUACGCGAGGUAGAAGCGCGCAUGAACCGAGACUAUUUGCCACCUUCGCUGUUGUCGUCUGCAUCGGCGUCUUCGUCGUCUUCGUCGUCCGGUGCCGGACCCAACAGUGGCCCGACUGCACCGUCUGUCUCUAAGCACGGUUCAUUGGAACCUGUCGGACAAUCGGUACUGUCACCAACGAUCCAGGCGCCAUCCACGUUCAAUCAGCAUCCUGCGGUACAUCACCCUAGCCUUGCGGGUGUGUUGGGUUCGUGUCCGCCUGUACCAACACCGCCGCCCGCACAUCAACAGCUGCAACAGCAACCGCCAGCGGUGGUACAGUCGCAGAUCUGUAACAGACGGUACGCCACCCGUACAUGUAAGCUUCCGACGGUACAGGAAAUUGGCCGUUACAGUCCGGUACGCCGUGCGUCCGAAGGUUCCCGCAUAACGUCCCAGUUCCAGGGUCCAUUUCAAGAGUGUCAACAGCUGCAGAAAGGUUUGCAUGCUGCCGCAAUAGCAGCCUCACAACAGCGCAACAAUCUGCUAAUCACGCCCAGUCCUCCACUAGCGGACAACUCCGUCAGCUUGCCCGGUUCACCGAUGCACUGUAAAGCGUUCAUGGACGAUCGCACAACCUACCCGGACUUGACCGUGCCGCACGAUGUGAUGCUUUCACUUGUACCGGGGCUAGAGAAGUUGGUGCAGGAGAAUCGGCUACAGAUUGAAACGGCUAACAGUAUCCUAAACACUCGCACAAUGCCGUACGAAGUCGGUCAUCAGUUGGGAUUGGUACGGGGUGGAAAUGUUGGGACAGUGGCGGGUGUUGGCGGCACGGGUAUGAUGGGUGGAACGUUGGACGCGGGACUCAAUCUUUUGCAGCUACAGCACAGUCAGAGUGUUUCUCCAUUAAAUGCGACACUACGGCAUGGUGGUGGAGCUGGAUCUGGUUAUCCCGUGGCGGGUCGGCCUACGGGCUUUCCGAUCGGGGGAGGUAUGCAGCCCAGCUACAUGGGUGCAGGAGGAGGUGGAGGUGGAACAGGGACAACAUUCGGAGCGUUUGGCAAUCCGUACGGAUUCCCGAACCUGAUGGCACCGGGCACCGGAAUGUCGUCGAUGAAUGCUGCCUCCAGUACGGGAAUGUGCCAUUUGUCCGGUUUGGAGUACGCCGGUAGCAAUAGCAACAGUGGAUGUCCAUCGCCUGUUUACUACGCCAGCGGUUGCUCCUCGCCUAUCCUACCCGGACCGCCGGCCUCGAUCGUCAGUGGAUGUAGCGGGAAUAUGGGCAGCUCAAGUGGUGCUGGAUCAUCGAGCGGUGGUGCUGCAUCUCCGAUGCAUCAAAUUACCCGUGGCUUCAGCACACUGAACACGGGUGGUGGUGGUGGUGGUGCAGGAAGUAUCACAAUGGCGGGUGGUUCCAUUACCCGUGGGACAUCCUCCGCCGCUACGUCAGCCUUCCCAUCCGUCGCUUGUAACGAACCGCUCGAUCUGAGUAUGGAUAUCGUGAACAGUGUGGAGAUCGAUUUUUCCGGUCGGAUAGUGGCGGGCUGCUACUCUGGCGCUACCACACCGGUCAACUAUUUCGAUCCGAAGAACUAUGGGCUGUUGCCACCUCCCACACCGCAAACAAUGCGUAUCUCCGCCACGCCACCAACGUCGCCCAACAAUCUUUGUAUCAUUCAGGAGGAACAUUCGACGGCCACGUCUGGGACGGCGCCAUUCAAGAGCCAUUCGGCUAAUGCAUCUCCGGAAGAUCUUAGCUUCCAGCAUACACAUCCGCAGAUCUGUCUGACCGAUGUGCAGGGCAGUGAAAUCACGUUGGUGGCGUUGUCCGACUCAAGUCACGCGGAUAGUGAUGAUUCGCUCAACUGCCAAACAGGUAGCAGUGCGACGACGAGUGGGCUAGGCUUUUCGGGACUGCUCAUCACGGAACCUGCCAGUGAUAUGCCUUCGAUAACGCGUGGCGUCGGACGGAAGGCAAGUCUGGACACGGAAAACAAUUCCACUGCGACGACCACAUCGGCCAAGCUCGACACGUCCGAUAUUAGUGAGUCGUACGUGCGGCGUGGCAGUGACAAAUCGCUCGGCUUUAGCGAUGACAGUUUGAGCAAUGAUUCGAACCACUCGAAUCUGUCCCCGAGUCAGGAACCGUCGGCUUCAAGUUCGGGCUUCAAGAGUGCCGAUUCCAACUCGGAGCAGGAUGGGGCACGCUUGAGUCCGGAUUCGUUGUGCGAUAGUUCGAAAAGCUCGGAUGAGUGUUACGAGCUACCGUUGCCGCAGGAAUGUUCAUCGCUCGAUUCGGUUCGCAUACUGGAGAUGGUGAAGCGUACGCUAGACUCGACGAUGCCACCUAAGGGUUGCGUUUACGGUGUGGCUGGUGGGAGUGGGUAUGGGAGCGGCAGAAUGGCCGGUUCGGAUCCAAAUAGCAACAGAUCGGCUGGGUCGGGCGUUGCCGGUGAUGAAAGUGGAGGAAGACCGAUGCAACUCGGAGGAGGCGAUGGUUCGAGUGGACCGUCGGGACGGAAUGGUUCCGGAUCGGCGGAUGCGCGAUCGAACCUAAGUCUGGAGUUUUCUGGUGGAUUGCAGAUUGAGCUGCAGGUGUACGAAGGCCGGAACAGCAAAGACAGCAAUACAAGCAAGGGCAUUAAACUGCGGCGGAUCUCGGGCGACCAGUACGAAUAUGGCAAGCUCUGUCAGCAGCUUAUCACAUCCUUAACGGUGUAA